GCCGGGCCGGGCGGCGGCGCCGCAGUGACUCGUCGGGCUUGGCGGCGGUGGUGGCGGCUUCCAAGGUUUCAGAGGCUCAAACUGUAUGGUCGGUGGGCUGCUGCGGCCUCGCAGCGACCUUUGUGCAGAGCCCUUCCAUCCUCAGGCGGCUGCGGUGGGCACACCCGGGGACGGCGGUCACCGCGGCCAGGUUAGCGUGGGGGAAGGGGCGAGUGCCCGAGUAGCCCAUCUGCAGCCAGUGAGUCCAAGCCGGCCCAUCUCCCACCAUGUCCGACGAGGCGUCGGCCACCACUUCCUAUGAGAAGUUUUUAACCCCAGAGGAGCCCUUCCCUCUCCUAGGAGCUCCUCGCGGGGUGGGCACCUGCCCCAGCGAGGAACCUGGCUGCCUGGACAUCAGCGACUUCGGCUGCCAGCUCUCCUCCUGCCAUCGCACGGAUCCGCUCCACCGGUUUCACACCAACAGGUGGAACCUCACUUCGUGUGGUACAAGUGUCGCAAGCUCAGAAUGUAGUGAGGAGCUGUUCUCAUCAGUUUCUGUUGGAGAUCAAGAUGACUGCUAUUCCCUGUUAGAUGAUCAAGACUUCACUUCUUUUGACUUGUUCCCUGAGGGAAGUGUCUGCAGUGAUGUCUCCUCGUCUAUCAGCACAUACUGGGAUUGGUCAGAUAGUGAAUUUGAGUGGCAGUUACCAGGCAGUGACAUUGCCAGUGGAAGCGAUGUGCUUUCUGACGUCAUACCCAGCAUUCCAAGUUCACCUUGCCUGGUUUCUAAAAAGAAAAACAAGCACCGGAAUCUAGAUGAGCUGGCUUGGAGUGCAAUGACAAAUGAUGAGCAGGUGGAAUAUAUUGAGUAUCUGAGCCGUAAAGUCAGUACUGAGAUGGGCCUCCGGGAGCAACUUGACAUUAUUAAAAUCAUUGAUCCUUCUGCUCAGAUCUCCCCUACAGACAGUGAGUUCAUUAUUGAACUUAACUGUCUCACAGAUGAAAAACUGAAACAGGUCAGAAACUAUAUCAAGGAGCAUAGCCUCCGUCAGCGGCCUACAAGGGAGGCCUGGAAGAGAAGCAACUUUAGCUGUGCAAGCACCAGUGGAGUGAGCGGUGCCAGCGCCAGUGCCAGCGCCAGCAGCAGCAGUGCCAGCAUGGUCAGUUCUGCAAGCAGCAGUGGGUCCAGUGUUGGAAAUUCUGCUUCAAACUCCAGUGCCAACAUGAGUCGAGCACACAGUGACAGCAACCUAUCUGCAAGUGCAGCAGAGCGGAUUCGGGAUUCAAAAAAGCGAUCCAAGCAGCGAAAGCUACAGCAGAAGGCCUUCCGCAAGAGGCAGCUGAAGGAGCAGAGGCAGGCACGGAAGGAGAGGCUCAGUGGGCUCUUCCUCAAUGAAGAGGUGCUUUCCUUGAAAGUGACUGAGGAAGACCAUGAAGCAGAUGUUGAUGUUUUAAUGUAAUAGGGUGAAUCGAUCAGUGUUCUUUCGAAGCAUUAUUCUCUCUCAUUAGUUUACAUGCAUCUUGACCAAAAUUUUGGUUAGGGUUGUGCUGAUGUACCAUUAAUAAUUUAGGCCAGUGGUUCUCAGAGACUAGCCCCAACACCUGCAGCUUUCAGCAUCACCUGAAAAGACCUUAGAAUUGUGUUUGGGCCACAUUCCAGACCGGGCAGUGUGGAUUUGGAGCAGCACUGUGUUUUAACUAAUGCCAGAUUCUUCUCAUGCACAUUCUCAUUUAAGGACCACUGGUAAAUGUCUUAACUACUUUAACUUUAUGAUGAUUAAGUAGGCUUUUCAAAGACUACUGCAUUUAUAGUUGGGGAAAUUUCAAAGUACUGAUGUCAACUGUUUUAUUUUGUCAGUAUAUAUUUAGGGUCUGUAAUUCAGUUCUCUUCAUAAUAAAAAAAUUUUUUUUUAGUUUAGUUUUUUUAAAGGGCCAUUGUUUAAUUCUUACUUCCUAGGGGCAAAUCUUUUUUCAGGUGAGGGUGCACAUAAGGUAUGCAUUGCUGUUUACAAUAGUGCCUUUAUUAGGUUUACUUUGAUUUUCAUUAAUUAUUAAUGCAAAGGUAUUAAAAACGGGCCCUAAUCUUUUCCAAUUAGAUGUGGGGUUUUUUUUUGGUUUUCUCUACAUUAUGUCAAGUGAGAAUCAUUUCCGCAAGUGAUAACUACUGAGAAAAAUAAUGCUAUAUUAGUGAAAUUUUAGACUUAAUGUUGUAUUAAGUUUCGCGUGGAGAUUCCAGUUAGGCAAUGAUACCAAUCAAAAUUUCCCAUUACAUCCUUAAAGUUUAGGCUGUCAGAUAAUCUCCAAAUUAGAACAUUUAUCUGUUUCUCUCCAUCAAAAUAUUUUAAUGUAGUACAUCUCCAAUUUCACAUGUUUGACAUGUGGACAGGUUUAUGUUUUGAAUUAACUGACAGAGCACUUGGAGUUCAACAAACUUUAGAGACUGCUAUGGGUAUAUAAAGCAGUAUGCUGUAGAAAACACCUUUGUUGGUGCCUAGUAGGACUCUUUUAAGUCUAAAUGUGAAAUCAUGGGGUUUCGUUAAUCAUGUUUUCAAAGAACUCAUUAUCAUGAACUUAGAAAUAGCCUGAUUCUCUUUCUUCUAUGUGUCUUUGAGCAUUGACAUGGGCUAGAGAAGAUUAAAAACUGAGACUACUGACAAUCAACUUUUCUGACUUUCAUGAUUUUCACUUUUACUCUUGCAUUUAGAAAGCAAACUGUAAUCUUUUGAAAAGGCUACAGAGUUCAGAUGCUAACAUCAUUUAACUUUAGUUCUUCAAAAAGAUUAACUUAAAAUUCUUAAUUUUUAGUUGCUAUAAAGGCUUAAAUUUUACUGAAUUAAAAAGUGAAGAUUUAAUCCUGGUAUGUUGACACACACCUUUAACCCUAGCGUUCAGGAGGCUGAGGUGAGGAUUUAUAAGUUCACAGUAGGCCUGGGCUACAUAGUGCUACCAAAAUUUGGUAUGCAUUUAAAAUUUUUAAAUUUGAUUUUGUUUCUUUGAAGGCUGAAGAACUGAAACUGAGGGUAAAAAUUAGUACCUUGCACCAUUGCUGAGGUCCAUGGUCUGGCUGUAACUUUUGAAUGCCUAAGAUCAGAAUUUAAAGUGCUACGAAGAUAAAGGCAUGAAUAUGUGUGCUUUCAGUUAAAGUAGUAUUUCUGACUUUCCUCCUACCUCCUUUGGUACUCCAUCUUAGUUUACAGGGACCAAAGAGAUUUGGGGUCAGAUCCUAGAAUACUUAAUAAAGAAUGUACUCAGUUUUCCCUUCUAAGUACAGAAAUAGAAAAAAAGAAGAGAAGCGAAUACAUCUAAGCUGUCUUCCCUUAGUCAUAACAAACUUCCACAGAGGAAAUAAUCCACACGUUCUUCCUAUUCUCUAAGGAAGGUGGACCACAUUGAGAUCCAGGGCAACAUUUAUCCAUCACCCACUUGCAAGCUGUUUAUUUGUUGAUGCUCAGUAAAAGAAAAUCCAAAACCAGUUCAGGAUAUAAUUUAAGACUAAUGUCUGUCUCUAUUCUCCCAAAAAUCAUGUAGUCUUCUUAACUUAGAUUUAACUUAAGUCACUAUUAAAUAAGUUUACCAAAGUGCCAUGGGCUAAUUUUAAAUGUCUAUAAAGGUUUGAGUAUUUAUAGAAGUACGUCAUGAAAAUUUGUGUAAGUCCAGAUUCGCUCUGUGUUAGAACUGGAAUGUAAAGUGUCGAUUUGGUGGAGAUUGAAAAUACUUCUUUCAUUUAAAAGUAAAAAAAAGAAACAUGGGACUCCUAGAGUUGUUUAUGAUCUAAGAGAGAGAAAAAGAGAGAUUAAAAUCUUUCUCCUUCCCUCUAAAACAAACUAUCGCAAAAGGGCAAAAGUCUCAUCGUGUCUUUGUUAUCUGUGCUCUGUUAUCUGUUAGGAUGUUUUGUGUAGAUAAUUCAGGAAGAAUUGUUGAAAUAGGUAGUAAUUUAUUAAAUCUGGUAUCUCUACGAGGUAUAUUUAAAACAACUUCAAGUCAGCAUCUUUUCCCCCUUUUCAGUGGAAAAUCUACUUAAUCAGUUAAUUAAAAGGAAAAUCAGGGAAACCCAACUCAAAAGUGUUGAAUCUAUCCUACUCCAGUAACAAUGGCUAUCAAGAAAACCAAAAGCAAAUACUGGUGAGAAGAGAAGAUAGGAAGGAAUCUGUAUAUACUGCUAGUGAUGGUAGAAACUGUCUAUAGCAGUGGAAAUCAGUAUGGGAAAUCAGAUCUCAUGAUAGAGCUAUACUAUCCUUUGAUAUAUGCUGAAAGUAAACAAACUGAGCAUAUGACAGGGAUUUGUGUGUGUACUUCCAUGUCUAUUGUACUAUUAUUCCCAAUAGCCAAUAAAUGGAUGCCCAUCAGCAGAUGGAUAGAUAAAGAAAAUGUAACAUAUAUACAAAGCAGAGUUGUAUUCAGCCAUAAUGAAGACUGGAAUUAUGUCACUUGCAAGAAAAGAGAUGGAACUAGACAGAGAUCAUGUUAAGCAAAUCAAGCCAGAUUCAGAAACACAAACAUUGCAUUUUUUUACAAGUGGAAUCUAAAUUUGAUAAAAUGCAACACAUGAAACUCUGGUGAAAGGGGAGCAAAAAUAGUGAGUGUAUAUGACUGCAGUACAUUAUAAAUAUGUGUGGAUAAAUAAAUGAAAGAAUGAAAGUCCAGAUUUUGUUCCAGUGUUGGUUAUCUUCUGGCCACAACUGACAGUGGAGUGAAUAAGUCUCCUCUUUAUAGAUUUAUCCAGAGACUUUUUAUUAGAGAUCUUGUAAGAGUAUGUCAGUCCUCACUACAGCUUUUUAAAGUGUGAACAAUGAAUUAAGCAAAAUGCCAUGUAUUUUUAUACAGUUUUUGCAAACAAUUAAAGGAAGGUGUUGUUUUAGAAUGUAGUAAGUUGUAAAGGGCUAGUUCAUUCUAUCUUACCAAGAACUUAAAGUAAAACGACACUUUUUCUUCAUUCUUUGGUAGUGAGAGUUUAGUUGACUUCCUCCAUUGUUUGGGUAAGUUAGACAUUUCUAAAUUAAGUCCCAGAAACUGAUUUAUAAAAAAUGACCUAUCGUAUGGGUAGAUGUCUCAUUUUUUCUAGCUUUUAAAAAGUGGUAAAUUCCCUCAAAAAGGAAAAACAAAUUAUAUGAAACUAUUGUAUAAAGAUAUCCAGAUUCUGAUGAGCUUUAAACAUUGUAAAAUUUAUUAUAUAUCUUCAUAUUUAAGCCAAAAAUGUUACAACAUAAACUCUAUAGCAGUCUUUUGGUUUUGGGUUCUCAGCCUUUUUGUUCAUGGCUUCUCCGUAGCCUCAUGUGCCUUAAAAUCAGAUAAUCAGAUUGGUAUAAUUUGGUUCAUAUAAUGCUCAUGGUGUUUGGAUAUUAGUAAAACUUAACAAUCAGUAGUAAUAGAGUAUAAAACAAAAUAAAAACCUUCAGAUCUUAGACUCAUUUGCUUAAAACUAGUUCUGGUCCACCAGAUUAAUGAAGGGCCUUGCAUUUACAUAAAAUUUUGCUUAAUAUAUUUUUUCCCACUGAAAAAAAUCUGAGACUAGGACACUCUUUUAUUUCCUUUUUCUUUUUGAAACAGGGUCUCCCUAUACAUUCUAGGCUAGCCUUGCACGUGUGUUGUUGCCCAGGCUGGUCUGGAACUUGUGAUCUUUCUCCUUAGCUUCCCUGAUGUUUGGGACCCAGAUGUGCCUGGGGAAUAUAUCUGUUUAAACUAGGUGAGUUUUAUCAGAAAAGAAAAUUUUUAGGGUCUGUACAAAAACAAUUGAAGAGCCAAGAUUAUAUAGGAAGGAGCUUCUUCUGUUAACUUUAAAGACUCUUUAGAUUCAUUUGUGUAAUUGUUGGGGCAUCCUAUUCUCCUUGCUUUAACAAAUUGACUCUUAGCAUUGUCUUCAAGAACUCUUCUUGGGAAUUGAUGGAAGGUAAAGUUAGUUUGAGUUGCUGAUAGUAUAGUUCAUUUGUGUUCAAUAAUAGUGUUGAUGUUGAAUGCACUGGCAUUCAUCUUAUUUAAAUUAGAGAUAAAUUCCAUCUUUAAAGAGAUUAUUAGGAAAUAAAUAAUUGAGCAAAAAUCUAAUGAUAGCUUUGCAGUAGAUUUAAGCUUGAUAAUGUGAGAUAAAUUUUAUCUCAGAUUUUAAUAUUAUUAAGUAAGAAGCCUUUGAGGCAUUUUGAGCUAGGCAUUUCUGUCAGUAUAUAAUUUGGAAGAUAGUCCUUAAAAUACUUGAAUUUGGUCUCUGAAAAAUAAAAUAAAAUAAAAUAAUUUAUGUUCUCUAUGAGACUUAGAAGGAACUCUGGCAGUUCCUAUAACUGGCUAAGGAAGCUGCGUGGCAUAGCUCAAGACCCAAGCUGGCUCACUACAAUUACAUUUCUUAAAUUCUAUAAUUUGUUUGUGGCUCACUGCCCGAAUAUGUUUUGAAUUGAGUUAUUGAUGUUUUAGCCUAAACCAGACAAUGGCAAAUUGCAUUUUAAUUUGACAUUCAUGCCAAACUCAGAAAAACCAGUGUGAUCUUUUCUGAUCUCAAUAUGUAGUAAUUUUUCUUUAUUGUCAGGUUUUUUCUAUUACAUCUUUGUGGUGAAUGGGAUGUGUGGAAAUCUGUGUUCUUUUUUUGUAGUGAUGGAUGGAAUAGAAAAGGGAAGAAUUACGUAAUUAAUGAAUAUCUGUUUUGACAAUGUCAAUAUAAAUGUGGGAUUACUGUGUACAGAUGACAGGUACACACUUAAGUUGGCUGAAUUGUUUAGAAGGACAGCCAUGACUUGUUCUGUGAAGUUGCUAGUUCUUAAAUUGAAGCUGAUCUCUUGUGUUUGUUUACAUUGACAUUUCAAGGCUUUUGGAAAAUGGGGCUGAUAGUGUCUCUUCCUACAGUGGGUGAAUUUAAUUUCCUGUUUAUAUUAAAAAUAAUACAUAAGUCUUUGUGUUGGCAAUUUAAUAGGACUGUUACCAAAAGAAGUUAAUAAUAAUCAUAAAUAUACAUAAAACACCUCAUAGAUGGUUAAGAGUUGCAAAUUAUGGGACUUUCCACUCCCCUUCUUUUCAAAAAGUAGUUCUGUAGAAUCAAUAUAACCAAAGCAAGUAGGAAGUUGACUGGUUUGGAGAAUCUACAAGUAGUCUUAAAUACUGUAAAGUAUCAGAUUGUCAACCAGGACUUUUUUCCUAUAUUCCUGCUAAAUGUAUGCUGAAUUAAUGCACUUUUGUACAUACGACAGUCUUCUGGACAUUCUGUACUUAGUACAGUGUAUAUAAAACCUGGCUUUUUUUUUUCUUGAAGCUCUGUGAGGGGAUAAAAAUAGUUAUAAUACAAUUGGUUUCUCUUUUGAGUUCCUUCUUGCACAUGAAAAUAUUUCAGCAGGUAUAUCUAAAUGAGUUUGUGUGGUUGUAACUGAAGCUGGCUAUGUGAUGGAGCUGCUUUUUGAACCUAGUAUCAGAAUUAAAGAGUCAUUUUGGUUAUUAAGAAUUUUGGUACUCAUACUAUCCUAAGUAUAUCUCUUUCACUGCUGCUUAUAACUUUUUACUCUGAAUCAGCUCCUUUCAAAGUUCCAUCCCAGAAUAUUUACUACUAACAGAGAAUUGCCAUUUUCUUUGGUUCACAGUUUGAUUAGACUCUAUAAACUUGUUUUGUAGGGGUCUCACUUUCCCAAAAGUCAUGAGCAAAACUUUUUUCCGAAGAGAUCAGAUUUCUAGAGAGAUUAUCAUUCACACAGUAAGUGAAAGUUACUAGUAAGUGAAAAUUAGGUCAAAUUUUUGUUGACAAAAGUGGUCUAUUUUGCUUAAAAGAUUCUGCUGUAGAAUCUUUUAAAGUUAAAUUUCCAGAAAUGAAAUGUCUAUGAUCAGUUGUAUGUAUAGAUUCAGGUGCCAUUCUGGAUUUUGUGUAUGUAGGAGGUUUUUUUUUGCUUUCUGUUUUUCUUGGGGUUUGGGUUUUUUUGGUCAACAAUGUUAUUUCUUGCCCCUAAACAGACAUCUGUGAUUCUUUUCUUCUUUGGGGAAAAAAAUCUUAGCCUGUUUUUAUUUUAGUUUCACAGAUUGGCAGGAUUAUUCUCAAAAUGUUUUAUGUGAGUAAAUAUGUUCAUUUAUUAGUCAAUGAUAGAUUAAUUAAGAUUGUUUAAUGGAGAAGGCAGUCUUAUUCUUGCUGUCUGUAACCUUUCAUUUUUAAUAAAUGUGAGUUAGAUACUAAGUAAAACA